AAUGUUGUCAGCAACUGGAAUUUUAAGGAGAAUAUCUUUCCCAUCUUUUGCUUCAACAUAUUCAACUACAAUGGAGGAAAUGGAUGAAAUACGUGCUAGAAGUUUACUCAAACACACUUAUGUUUACAAUCCACCAGAUGAACUUGAUAAUAUUAUUGUAAACGCAGCAAAACAUCACGGACUUCAAUUAGAUCCUUCUGAUUGGAAAACCACUGAAAUACCUUUAGAUAGCAUAAAAUCAAAGGUUUUAAAAAUUAAUAUUUUAUUUAAAUUUUUUAGUUUCUUCUUGAUCUCGGGCGUUCUCUUAAACAUCUUGUUCCAAAUUCUAAGCUUCAUAAAAUGAAAAGUCUACGUGAUUUAUUCGAAUUUUAUGAACAGCCAGUCAAUAAUAUUACAAAAUACGCGGAGCUCGCGAGGAAUGAGAAAUUGCCUCAAAAUCUUGCAAUAAUGGGCGUUUUCAUCCAAAUGACAAAACUGCUUUACAUGGGGGAAUAACUGCAAAACCGGGUGAAGGAGGAGCUAUUUAUUCAAUAAGAAAUAAAAGGAUCUAUCGAGAAUUUAAACCAAAAAAGGAAUGGUUCGACUAUGAUGAUCAAAAUUUUGAUUAUGACGUUACUUUAUCGAAAGGAAUGCCUUGGGAUCCUGAAAUUGCAAAUAAAAUGGAUUGCUACACAAAUAUCAAAUUUACAAAGGAAUAUUUGCGCAAA